CCAUAGAAGGUCGAAGAUACUCGCAAUAUAUAUGUAAUCUGUGAUUAUAGCGGGAGAUUGUGAGGUUGAAAUGAACAAAUGGUAAAAUGAGGGAUUGAAGAAGCUUAAAAAAUAUAGUUGGAACUGGAAGGAAGAAUGUUGUGGAAAAGCCAAUGAAACCCAAAGACAUUGAUACAUUACUGUUGCUUGGGUCGCUUGAUGUCAAUCAUUCCAUUUUUCUUUAUCAGUGCUACACUGUUUUUCGGCUUACUGCAAGAAAAAUGCCCACUAUGUAUAUUGACAUAAAUAAAUACGCAAGCGAUUAACGAAGAGAGGAUAGGUACUUGGUCGUGCCCGUGGCGAAGGAACGAUCGCGACAUUGGAAAACCAAAAUUAGGACGACUGGACACGAGUAUGAUCUUACAGUAUCGGAGGCCAGUGCCUUACCAAAUGACAUUGUUUGCAGUUCAUUGGGCUCAGCAAGGGAAGAAAGUUCUUCAUAUCUCGGUGAGACGGUAUUCUCAAAUUCCACCACAGAUUCAUGGCCUGUGCAGUCCAGGAACUGAAGUUUUUAGCUUAAUUAGAUUUGUGUACCUACCAACAUGGCAGGAUCUUCUGAAGUUCCUUUACACUAUCCACACACAUGCAUCCAUUCCAUAUGUUAUAUUGUUGGAAGGAUUGGAAGAUUAUUGUAUUAUGAAUGAUCAUUCUCAUCCAUCGACUGAAAAACAUGAAAAUGAGAUGCUGAAUGCCCUGAUCUGUGGAUCUUUGCUGGAUGCUGCUUCUGUUUGUGCAAAGUACUCUAAAGAUAAAGCUGUACUGGUUGUUUCAGUUAAACAUGAUAGCCCACAGGCAUCUGUAGUUCAGACUCUUGUAGACACAUUCUUCUUCAAUUCCGUUUGGUUACAAAAUGUUGAGGGUGAAAAUGGAGAAAUCAUUCGUAUAAAAAGUUUGAUGUCAUAUCCUAGUCAAGAACAAAGAACAGUUCUUGAAUUUGAAUGUAAGUCUGAGGGUGAUGUGUUUUUGAAGAAGAUACUAAAAUUUUUCAAGCAGUGAGUAGCAGCUGGUGUUGUGUUUGCUGCUGCUGCUGCUGCUGCUGCUGCUGUUAUUGUUGUUAUUAUUGAGAAUAUGAGUUAUUUUAAAGAGACAGAAAUUUAAAAUGUCAAAUGAUUUCCUCAGUAUUUGCAAUAUUGAAAUAUUAGCACAAUUAUUUCCUUCUGAACACGAAAACAACAAAUGCACAUAAAGGAAAUGAAUUGUAUUUAUAUUUAUUUAUAAAUAAAACCCAGUUGAUUUGUUCACUUA